CUAGAUCUGUUUGGUUCCCCAUUUGCAGCAAAUGGCAUCAGCUAGUGUGGUGCCUGCGACUGGAUUGAGAAACACAAGUGGAAAUGCUUUCAGCAUGGAUUGGUUGCCUGAAGAAAUGAAUGAUAUGAAGAUAAGGGAUGACAACGAAAUGGAAACUGUUGUGGUCGAUGGACAUGGCACAGAGAUGGGUCAUAUAAUCAUGACAACCAUUGGGGGUAGAAAUGGCCAACCAAAGCAGAGCAUCCUGGGCUGUACAGGAUAGCAGUGCAGGACCCAAAUAUUCAGAGACCACUACCACAGAUGUGGCAGGGCAGGGGCAAGCUGCCACUGAUGAGUUCAUGUUUGAGCGUUUCCGCAAACGAGAACGCCUUCGUGUCAUGCAUAGAUAACACAUGCCAGCCUGUGAUCUGGUCUCCAACCACCACUAAAAUGGCACCACAUGAGGUUUUUAGCUUCCUAUCACCAGUUCCAUGUAAAUAUUUCAGUGAAAAUCGUGCUGCUACUGUCGAGUAUUCUUUUCUAGUAAA